CCAACUUGACAUAAGAUUGUUUAUAAAAACGACAUUGACAAUGAACGCCAAACAAAAAUGGCGGAUCAAUUGACCGAAGAGCAAAUAGCCGAGUUCAAGGAAGCCUUCGCCUUGUUCGACAAGGACAACGACGGCACGAUCACCACCAAAGAGCUGGGCACGGUGAUGCGCUCGCUGGGCCAGAACCCCACCGAGGCGGAGCUGCAGGACAUGAUCAAGGAGAUCGACACCGACGGCAGCGGCACCAUCGACUUCUCCGAGUUCCUCGCCAUGAUGGCCAGGAAGAUGAAGGACACCGACAGCGAGGAGGAGAUCCGCGAGGCGUUCAGGGUGUUCGACAAGGACGGCAACGGCUUCAUCACGUCGGCCGAGCUGCGGCACGUGAUGACCAACCUGGGGGAGAAGCUCACCGAAGAGGAGGUCGACGAGAUGAUCCGCGAGGCGGACAUCGACGGCGACGGCCAGAUCAACUACGAGGAAUUCGUUACCAUGAUGACAUCCAAAUGAUUAUUUAUACCUACUGUAGCUUAUUUUUACGCAAUUAAAACUUAUCUUUCGAACCAUCUGGUAUUUCGGAUUUUAAUCUAGUGGUAACCAACAAUUGACACCUCUAUAAAGCACGUCAAUUUGAGAGAAUAAUCAUGGAGGACGACGAAGAGGAAGCGCCCCAGCGCAGGGAGUUCAACAAAAAGGAGAUAGCUGACUUCCAGGACGCCUUCAAGCUGUUCGACAGGGACCAGGACGGGCUGGUCAACUACAAGGAGUUCAGCACGCUGAUGAAGGCGUUCGGCCAGAAGUACGAGGACCUGGACCUCAGCGACAUGUUCACCGAGGCGGACGAGGCCGAUUCGGGCCUCAUCAACUUCGAACAGUUCGUCAAGAUCCUCGAGUACUACUACAGGGAGGAGUUCUCCUUGGAGGAUCUGCUCAAUUCGUUCAAGGCCUUCGACAAGGACAAUCUCGGAUAUCUGGAUAGGGCCGAUUUCAAGGAGAUUAUGAUGGAUUACGGAGAUAAAAUGACCGAAGGAGAAUUCGUGGAUUUCAUGGCAACAGCCGAUCCUUCCAACGAAGGUAUCAUCAGAUACGAAGCUUUAGCUAACGCAAUAUACAGCUUUCUAAUCGAGUAACG